AUGGCAACGAAAAGUGAUGAAGCUGUUCAAUAUAAUGGUGAAGAUUUAAAAUCAUUUUAUUUUCCAAACAAAUUUGAUCAUCGAUAAAGUGCUGUUCCUGGAAAUCCAUGUUAUAACUUUAGAUUUAGAAUCUUUAUUUUCUUUACUUAUAUUGUUGUUACUCAGCUCGGCGAAAUCUUCGGUACUCCAAGUGAUAAUAUUAAUGGUGUAUGGGAUUGGGGACAUCUUUUGACUACUCCAAUAAAUCAAUUAUAUCAAGAACAUAGAUGGUUCUCUGCCAUGAUGCAAAUAUCCUCAGCACUAAUUUUAGAUUUUGCAUUUUUUUAUGUCUCACUUUAUUGGGUUUUGUACGAGAGAAAUUUUAGAUUGUUUGCAGUUCUUAUCCUAUUCUAUGCAAUCAGAGCAGUUCACUUGAAUAUAUUCAAAUUGGAAUAUUCACCUAACUAUUAUUGGGAAGAUCCAUUGGUGCCAAGUUUAGUAGUUAAAUACGGAAAAUAUUCAGAUUUCUUUUAUUCAGGACAUGUUGGCUUUUUAACUAUCUGUGCACUGGAAAUGAGGAAAGUAGGAAAAAGGUACAUGGCCUUGUUUUUUUUCAUAUGCUCGAUCUUCCAAGCCUUCAUUGUUAUAUCGUUUGCCAUCCAUUAUACUAUUGAUGUACCAGGAGGAUACAUUUUUUCCCAUUACUUCUUCAAUAUGGUAUGCUAUUGGGAAGCUAAAAUUGAUUUCGUCCUUAAAAGAUUAGCAAAUUGUUGCUCCAAAACAAAUAAACCAAUUAGUAUUGCAUACGAAAAUGACACUGAAAAAUAACAACCAACUGCAAUUUGAACAAUCAUUAUGUUUAUAUAUUAUAUUAAAGGA